GCGGCCAUCGGAAGCAGUGCACAGCACGCGCCGCUGGGGGGCCCCGCAGGCCUGCGCGCCGGGAGCCCGCAGGCGCUGGGUGCCACCCUCGAGACCUUCGGGCAGCACGUCGAUCAGCGAAUCCAGGGGGUUGAGGACAAGGCUGACUGGGCGCUCCGGGACGCCGACGACCUCGAGACUGGCGUACACCGCCAGAUGGUUGAGCUCAAGAAGAAAGAGGACGCCACAGACAAGGCCCUGGCGGAGCUCAGGAAGAAGCAUGACGAAACCGACAAGGCAGUGAAGGACCUCCGGCAGCGCGCCUCGCCCGCGCCCCCGCCGAGGGGCCGCGCACCGCAGCGCCUCCAGCAGCCCGCCAUCCCGUACGAGCAGCGCACUGUUGUCCGCGUCGGCAACCUCGCAUAA